AUGCCACUGCCGACCCUGGCGGCCCUGGACGUCCUGCAGGCGACGCGCGGGCAGCGCGGCUGCGCCGCGGCGCGCGGCGCCGCGACGCUGGGCCUGGCCCUGGCCCAGGCGCGGCUCCUGCAGCAGGAGAAGCCAAGAGAAGACGAUGUUGACAACGUCUACGAGGGCUGCCAGGGCUUGGCCGAGGUCUCAGGCCUGGCGCGACUGCUGGCGAAGGCGGAAAACCUGCUUUUGGCACAGCAAAGCUCGGUGGCGCUGGCGCUGAUGAGCCGGAGAUGGCUCCCGGCUCGGCUUUUGCACGAGCUCAGUCGGCUGGCUGUCCGAACCUGGCAGGGCCAGGAGAGCACAAAGGAGAGCGCAAAGGCGAGCGCAAAGGAGGUCUUCAAGAAGGAGCCCUCCACGGAGCCCUUGGAGGAUUGCCUGGUGUUGAUCUACACGUUUCCAACGGAGGAGAUCCGCGGCGACGUGCGGAAGGCCUUGAGGUCCCUGCAAGAGCAUUACGUGGACCACCUGGGCAGCGAGCCCCGACUGGUGGUCUUUGUGGACGCUGAAAGCGAGCGUCUGCUGGACCGGGAUGUGCGGCCCUUCACAAGCUUGCAGAUCACGCCGGCUGUGAUCCCUUUCGAGGAGCUGGAGCGCCCGAUGCAGUCCUACAGCUGCGAGCGGGGCGAAGACUGUGUCUCUGGAGAUGCCGAGUUGGAGCUCCAGAUGGCGGCUCACCGCGGCAAGGUGAACGAGACGCAGUACUGGUCCCCGACCUACCUGCGCAUCUCACGCUACACGGCGGGCCCACUCUUCCAGCAUCCCGCUCUGGACUCUUGCAGGUACUUCCUCAAGAUCGACACGGACUUCUUCUUCACACAGCCUCUCAAAGAGGACCCGCUGCGAUACAUGAAGAACUCUGGCCUGCGCCUGGGCUACUGGCAGAUCCACGUGCAGGGCCAGCGCCAGCAAGGCUACAUGGAUGCGGCGCUUUCUUUUCUGAAGGAGCAGCAGCUGCCCAUCCGCAACAUGCGCUUCCACGCUCGGGGCCGCUUCGAGGAGAAGGCCCGGAAGCUGCAGAUUCCCCUCGAGUCCGUGCCGGUGGCCGACCAGGCCUCGACCGUGCUGUAUGGUUGCCUCUUUGGUGGCGACACGCGCUUCUUUCGGGAGCCGCUGUACCAAUCCUUCUUCGAGUACAUGGACCAGAAGCGAGGCUUCGAGCAACACGGCUGGAGCAAUCAGUUCUUCCUGGGAACCGCGGCGGCAGCCUUCCUGGCGCCCUGCGAGGUGAGCCGGCUCUAUGUCAGCGGCGUGCACCAGGACUCUUCCAUCAACGUCUCCGGCAGUCAUCUGACAGAGUUCUUGCUGGGCGCCAGCCACGGCUUCCUGCGGUGA